GCAGCUUUAUGACUUAUGACCCCUGACACAAUCACCAAGUGUAAAGAGGACAAGGAAAGCAAACAGACAGAGGAUUAUAAAUUGUGGGGGCUGAGACCAGCUGACAAUCCACACUGCAAGCUAAGGAUAAACAUGAAGGCCGUGAUCAUCCUCGUGGCCCUCAGCUUCCUGUCUGCCGUUUUGUGUCACCAUGGAGGAUGUCUGCAUGGAAAAUAUCACAAAGUGGCCCCGGGACCCGAGCCCAACAUGCAAGAGUGUCAGCUGUACUCUAAAUCCGCCUGUUGUCCCGCCAACUUCACAGAGAAACUUUCUGCAUCUCCUCUGAUCCAGGUGGAUAAUCAUUACUGGAACCGAUGUGGGAACCUCAGCAAGAUGUGUGAGGCUUACAUGAAGAAGGUGGAGUGCUUCUACCAGUGCUCCCCGGACACCCACCACUGGAUGAACCCUAACAUUUCAUCUGCCAUGCAGGGCGUGCCCCUGUGUCAGUCCUUCUGUGAUGGCUGGUUCGAAGCGUGUCGCUCGGAUCGCGUCUGCGUGCGCAACUUUCUCACUGACUGGAGGGUAGAUGAGACUGGGAACCACUGCAGGAAUGACUGCAUCCCGUAUGACCAGAUGUACAUGAACAGCACCGACCUAUGUCAGAACAUCGCUGGCGGUUCGUUUGUGGUCAGCGCCUCUCCGUGCCAGUGCCUGGACAUGACCCCGACUGACCAGAAGGUCAUCAAGUAUAUUCUGAAGAACACGCAUUCGGAGGAGAGCGAGGAGGAGAGCGAGGAGGAGAAGGCUUGCAAACUGCGGCUGCAACGGGCCCCAGGCAAGAAGAAGCCAUGAAGAGGAUGACUGAGCAGAGGUAUAGAACGCGUCAUCCCUCAUGAUCUUCCAGGAGCCCGAGCAACAUGGCUGCAUACACAUGAAAUAUCCAAGAGCUGAAAUCCAUCAACCUUCUCACCCAGACACCCGAACCCCUCAGCAAGAAGGGAAGAUGCAUCUGUCAUAGAGUCCAUCAUCCAUCUGUUCCACAACCAGGAGACGAGUUGGUGUGAGUGAGCCCCCGGCUUCUGUCCUCAAUAAACAGCGCCCCCUUCUGACCAAA